CCUGGAGAAGCCAAUCCCUCUCAGCUGCAAUGGCUUACUAGUUUGGAGACGAAGCGCACACGCAGUGCCGCCGCUGUCCCAGUGAAUAAAACAGGAAAGAAAAGGCAGAGAGGCGUUUGGGAGGAUUAAAAACGUGUGAAAGAAGCGUGUAAAGAAGGUCGGGGGGAGUUUGGGGGGUGAAUCUGAGGAUUUGGGGCUCGGAUGUGCGCUCGGAUCAACCUGUUGGACCUGAGAAGGAGAGGAAGGAGAAGAAGGAGAAGCUGUUCUGUUGUCAGUGUGGAGGUGAUGCUGGAGCUGCAAGUCAGCACACUUUAACCUUUAACUGGCCUUUUACUCUGUAGAGGCACCAUGCACGUGUCUCUGGCCGAGGCUCUGCAGGUACGAGGAGGUCCUCUUCAGGAGGAGGAGGUGUGGGCCGUCCUGAACCAGAGUGCUGAGAGUCUGCAGGAGCUGAUGCGCAGAGACCCGACCGCCCUGGGUUUCAUCAUCUCCCCUUGGUCUCUGCUGCUCAUGCCUUCAGGAAACAUCUCGUUCACAGAUGAGAAUGUGACUCAGCAGGACCUGAGAGCGUUCACCUCACCAGAAGUGCUCGAGGGCCUCAACUUGUCGUCACUUUCUGACAUGGAGAAGAUGCACAUGUACUCACUGGGUAUGACUCUGUUCUGGGGAGCGGAUUAUGAGAUUCCUCAUAGCCAGCCUAUGAAGCUGAGCGAGCACCUGAACAGUAUUCUGCUGAAGAUGUGCGAGGACUCGACUCUGACUCGCCUCUCGGUCCGCUCCCUCCUGGACGUCUGCAGCACACACGUCCGUAACUCCACGUGCGAUCCUUCCUUUUCUUACGUGCGUAAACUGGUGCGUCUGGUCCUCGGCAGUCUGUCUCAGCUGGAUGGUUUGCUGUCCCAAACUGAGAGAGAUUCCCUGCCUGAGAGGAGUAAAGAGAUUCGUGAGAGAUUACGUGGUAAAGGUUUGCCUGCAGGUCGUAGUGCAGCUCAUCGUGUCCUAGAGCGUUACCGAGCUCGCACUCAGGAGCAGACGGCUCUGAACCGAGGCCUGAGCCGCUCCAUGGGCUCGCUGCCCACUCGUGAUGAAAACCUCCAGCAGACUCCGCCUCCAACUGAGACCUCAUCUGAACCGUUUGCACGACAGCACAAGGUUAAAGGUCAGCUCCAGGAGCCGGAUCGCCGAUCCCUUCCCCACCACAGGAAGAAGAACUGGGCGUCGUCUGUGGAUUUAGCCUACUUGGACUCGGAGCUGCUGCGUUUCGGCGCUCUGGAAGACGCCCGGCGGGGAAGCAGCGCCCUCAGCACGCGCUCGGCCGGCAGGCCCAAGUCGACCGCCAGGAUCAGAGACUCCACUUAUGGAGAAUUCGAAAGCUUGGACUUCGGGAAGAAUCAUCAGGGCGGAGCUUACAAUAAACUUCGAGAGCGACACAAGAAGCUGCACGCGCUCAGUCGAGCCAUCGAUGACCCUAUGCACACACACAGGAGUUAUCAGAGUGAUUACAGCUCAUCCAGUGAGAGUCCAUCAGUAACAUCAUCAGACCCAGACUACAGACAUGCUAAGAGGUCGGAGGAGCUGAGGCGCUUCAGUUCACAGGUGGGGUUGUCUGAGAACGACGGUGUGACAUCGAGACACAGGAUGUAUGAUGUGGGGCAGGAGGAGGCCUUCAGGACAGAACUGCUGAUGUCCAGGCCGGAGGACGGGAUGCGGAGACUUCAGACCCAACUCUCUCGCUCCAACCUUUACCCCGGGGACGAGCCGCGCGCUUCCAUUAACGACCUGCGAGAGGCCAUGAAGAGCAGCAUGAUGGACAUCAGCGGACGCAAGGCCAAGAAUUUUUUUGGUCCUGAGUUUGCGAAGAUGUCGACGGAGCCGUGUGUGGUUCUAAAUGUUCCCUCUUCUAUAAUGAAUAAGCGUGGGAAGGUGGAGGAGAGCCUGCGGAAGGUGUUUGUGGUGCUGCUGAACGGUCAGAAGCUGGAGGUGAGCUGUGACGUGAAGGCGGUGUGUAAGGACGUGUGUGACAUGGUGAUCGCACACGUGGGUCUGGUGGAACAUCACCUGUUUGGUCUGGCGUACCUUAAAGACGACGAGUUCUUCUUUAUCGACUCCGAAGGUAAAAUCUCGAAGGCAGCUCCAGACGGAUGGAAAGAAGAUCCGAAGAAGCGCAAAACGGACGUCAGCUUCACUUUAUUCCUGCGCAUCAAGUUCUUCCACGACGACGUCAGCUUUAUUCAGCACCCCAUGACCAAGCACCAGUAUUACCUGCAGUUGCGGAAGGAUCUUCUGGAGGAGCGAAUGCGCUGCAACAUGGAGAACGUGAUGAUUUUGGCCUCCCUGGCGCUGCAGGCUGAGAUCGGAGACUACCAGCCUGAGCUCCAUGGGAAGACGUAUUUCAGGACAGAACAUUAUCUUCCUGCUCAUAUAAUGGAGAAGCUGGACCAAAGCUCUAUGAAGGAGGAACUGUCCAAACUGCACAGCAACUAUUAUGGAGCCAAAGAGGAUGAGGCUGAGUUUGAGUUCCUUAAGGUGAGUCAGCGGCUGACGGAGUACGGCGUUCACUUCCACCGCGUGCUGCCAGAGAAAAGAUCUCAGACAGGGAUCCAGAUGGGAGUCUCCUCCAAAGGCAUCCAGAUCUUCGAGGUACUGAACGGAAACCGGACGUCGGUGCUGAGGUUCCCCUGGAGAGAGACCAAGAAGAGCUCCUUCACCAAAAAGAAGAUUUGUCUGCAGAACUCAUCAGACGGUAUCAAACACGUGUUCCAGACGGACACUCAGAAGACGUGUCAGUAUCUUCUCCAGCUGUGUUUAGAGCAGUACAAAUUCCACCAGCAGAUGAAAACACGGCAGAACAACCAGGAGCUGCAGGAGCUCGAAAACUCUCCUCUGAACCUGCUCCAGUACCCCGUGGGUCCCGAAAGCCUGGGCAGGGCCGUUAGCUUAGCCAGCCUAGCAGCUAGCACUACAGCGAGCACCCGCUCCAACCCGGACAGCUUAAAGAGGAUGUCGAGCUCAGAAGAUCGAACGUUUCCUUCCUUCAGUGCAAACUCCAGUUCCAGGAUGAAGAGCCGCUCACAUCACAACCUGGGCAAGCUGCCCGAGGCUCCUGAGCACCGGGGGGCGCCGUUUACCUCUGUACACCAUCGCGCUAGCUCCGAUACCGACUCCAUCGCUGUUCAUGGACAACCGGAGAGUGCCUUCAGGUCCAUGGGUCACGCCGACGCUUUGAGCUGGAGUCCAAAACACCUGAAGAAGGAUUCGGACACGUCGUCCUGUGAGGAGAGCGGAGCGGCGAACGCAGAAGGAGGAAUUGCUGAUUUGCUGAAGAAGAAGUUGGACAUGUUGCCUUUCCCUAAGCGGGAAAUUAAAAACAUCAAUCUGAAAAAGGAUGCGAAAUAUGGCCUGGGCUUUCAGAUCAGUGAUGGAGAGAGUGCAGGCCGUAUGGACCUGGGUACCAUCGUCAGCUCCAUUACUCCAGGGGGACCCGCCGACGUGGAUGGACGCCUGAAACCAGGUGACCGGCUGCUUAAAGUAAACGGUAUUAACGUCGAAGGUCUUUCUCUUGAAGAAACCAUGGAGAUCUUGCAGACUUCUCCAGAUGAUGCCACACUGCUGGUAUCACAGCCCAAAGAGCCUCUCUUCACAGACUCUCUUUCAGAUCUCUCGCACUACAAAGACAAUCCGAGACAGGAAGUAGACGUGGAUUCUUCCUCAGAGGAACUGGCUCAUACAUUCCCUCCCUCCUUCACUAAGAACGUAGCAGGAAGCUUCCCACAGACACAACUCAACGGCCUGCACCAGAAAGAUGAAAGCGGGGCCGACUCCACCCCUCCGGCGCUGCCGCCCAAAACCAGGAAGACCAAAGUCCCCGAAGCCCCGAAGGAGCCGGAGAUCUCGGACAGAGGCGACUCGGACAUGGACGAAGACACGCACUCGAGUAACCAGGACAAGCAAAAGUCUUUAAAGGUAGCGUCCGAGAUCGUAGUGAUCUGAUUUCGUUUUAGACUU